GUUCAGUGAAGGGAUGACUUGGUCAAUCAGUGUAGCUCAUUCAGUAAGGAGCCUCAUAGAGCAUCCAGUGCAGUGAUGAAUGGGUCACUCGCCAUGGCAUUCUCUAGUGUGUAAGUCUCCCAUUUUUGUGAAUAACUGUUUGAAAGAUUAUUUUGGCAAUAUCUACCUUUCAUCACCAAGGUAACCACAUCUAAUCUCUCUUUUGACUGGUCAUUUAGCCUUAUUUUCUACCUCAAAAACUUGAAAGAUACAAGGAAUAACAAAACUUUCCUCUAAGGCUCUCUGAGAGUAUUUAAUGAACAGCAGGUAAAAGCAAGCCAGGCUGUAGAGGUGACAUGAUUGCCUAGGAGCUAUGUAGAGGCAUCUUUCAUGUAUACACGUUAACAACACAUUCGAACUACAGUUAGCUGACUCUGGGACACCCAGAAGAAUUGAUGUCAUGUUUGUCUGCUUUCAUCCUGUUUGCCUUAGGGAGCCAUGGACAUCGAAGCAUACUUCGAAAGGAUUGGUUACAAGAACUCAGUGAAUAAGUUGGACUUGGCCACAUUAACUGAAGUUCUUCAACACCAGAUGCGAGCAGUUCCUUUUGAGAAUCUUAGUAUGCACUGUGGAGAAGCCAUGUGUCUGGGCUUAGAGGCCACUUUUGACCACAUAGUAAGGAAAAAGCGGGGUGGGUGGUGUCUCCAGGUUAAUCAUCUGCUGUACUGGGCUCUGACCAAAAUGGGUUUUGAAACCACAAUGUUGGGAGGAUAUGUUUACAUAACUCCAGUCAACAAAUAUAGCAGUGAAAUGGUCCACCUUCUAGUACAAGUGACCAUCAGUGACAGGAACUACAUUGUGGAUUCUGCCUAUGGAAGCUCCUACCAGAUGUGGGAGCCUCUGGAAUUAACCUCAGGGAAGGAUCAGCCUCAGGUGCCUGCCAUCUUUCGUUUGACAGAAGAGAAUGGAACCUGGUACUUGGACCAAAUCAGAAGAGAGCAGGAUGUUCCAAACCAAGAGUUUGUUAACUCGGACCUCCUUGAAAAGAGCAAAUAUCGAAAAAUCUAUUCCUUUACUCUUGAGCCCCGCACUAUUGAGGAUUUUGAAUAUGUGAAUACCUACCUUCAGACAUCGCCAGCCUCUGUGUUUGUAAGCACAUCGUUCUGUUCCUUGCAGACCUCAGAAGGGGUUUGCUGUUUAAUUGGUUCCACCCUUACAAGUAGGAGAUUCAGUUAUAAGGACAAUGUAGAUCUGGUUGAGUUUAAGAGUCUGACUGAGGAAGAAAUAGAAGAUGUACUGAAAACCACAUUUGGCAUUUCUUUGGAGAAAAAGUUUGUGCCCAAACAUGGCGAACUCGUUUUUACUAUUUAGGGUAAAUUGUUCUCCAUUAUUAUCUCAGUCUUAAACAUUCUAAAAAUAUGCAAAUACAUAUCCAUAACAGAAAUCGCACAGCUCAAUAUUGAUCAACUAAUGACCUGUAUCUUCUAUUUCCUACAUUUUAUACAAAACGAAACCCAGUUGUCCUGUCAUUUCACCAAUAAAAAUACCGCCAGUUAUAAUGAAAUAAACCUGAUCAUGGAUGUAACGACAAUCCUCUCAACAUUAAUCAACAAAAAUUACUUAUCGAAGAGGUGGCGAUCUUGGGAGCCAUAUUCAUUUACAAACCUCUCAACAUCAUUUUAUGGUUGAACUCAGAUGAAAAAUGAAUGAAUAUGAAUGAUCAGAGAACAGCAGGAAGUAAAGUCAGGCAGACUAAAUCUGAGGUCCAAGGUUUACAAGAAACCACCCGUACAACUUAGGAUUAGAAUAAAGCAAAGAAGAAUGAACCAUCAUUACAGGUCCAGGUAACUUCCCAGUCCUCAAAACAGAACUCACGCCAGUGGACCUGGGCUCUGGGAUUAGGUGCCAAGACAAUGACACGGCUUAGAAGGCUUAGAAUUUCUUCCAGAGAUAAUUUUGCAGACACAGUUCUUUUUGUAUCUGAUUUUUUUUUAACUAUGAGAAUACUGGUAUUAAGUGAUUUAUACCUUAUAUAUAAUAAUCUUUGUAGCCUAUAAUAUAUGUUUCUUGGAAAAACAUUAUUUGUCAAGUAUAUUAAGUGUUAAAUAUAUAUUAACAUUAUA